AUGACCAUGACGGCGAGCGCUACGCCGAGGUUGGCUGAGGUGGUGCUGCGCGGGGGCAGCUACGCGAGUGCGGAGGAGACGGUGAGCGAGAUGAUCAAGCGCAGGAAGGAGCUGCAGAAGGCUUUCGCGGCUGGCGACGUGGCGAAGCUCAUUGGCGCGCGCCGCCGCAUGGAGGCUCACGAACGCGGUCACACCCGCGGAGGACCGCGAGGCUCUUGCCAAGGGCACGCACGGAGCUACAGCGCAUCGCCGCUGUCCGCCCAUGAUCUCUGUCUGUGCUCGUUCGAGCAGGGGGAUGUUGAGGGCAUGCUCCGCGUCAUGGACGACCUCCUCGUGACCACCCAGACGCUGGACCCGCUGUCGCACAAGUUCCUGCCGCACGAGGCUAACGAUCUGGACGAGAAGCUGUCGAAGGAGGUGAAGGUGAUGAAGGCGACGGUGACGUCGUGCCCGGCCGGCUAG